AGAAAACUCACAAUAAUAAUUAACAUAAAAUGAGUUUGUGACUUUAUUAAUUAAUGAGCAUUAAAUAUUUAUUUAUAAAUCAUAAACUAUGAUUGUCCUAGGGCAUAUUUCCAACAGUUUGUUUAUGGAUGUGCUAUGUGUGAAUGGUAUUCAAGACGCCUAGUAUAGUAUGGAUGAGUUGGACUGCGGUUGACUAUUCGUAUUGUACGGCGGGUUGUUGACGUGUCCGGUAGAUCCAAACAGUUAAGUUACCAAACAUCUUUCUGUAACUCGCCAAACUAAUCUGCCGGUCAAACCUGUUAACUCAAUUCACUUUUUAGAAUCCGUUAACUCAAUCCGAUUCAUCAAUUAAUUGAUUAAAAGAGAGAGUAUAUACUGCGUAGUAUAUUAGUAGGAAUAAGGAAAAACGUUGUUUCCUGAUACAGAAAAGUUGUUUGUACCCAGGUCACCUUUAUAUCCAUCAUGUUUGUGCAAAGUUUUUUUUUUACUGUGAAUCCCGUUCACAGAUAAAAUAUGUCUGUGCAAAUUACUUUGUCUGUGAAUCGGAUUCACAGACAAAAGAAAAACCUUGACAAACAUGGUGGGUAUAAGAGUUUGUACAACAAGAAUAUACCUACUAGUAUAAAUAAAGUAAAAUAAAGAAAGCUUGUGAAGUGCUGGACAGCAAACAUAAUCACACCAAUUCAACCAUUACCUUCACCUUUCCCAUUUCAUUACAUUCACCUUUCCCAUUUCAAAUUUCAGGUCCAAAGUCUCCACAGAAUUAUCUCCUUUAAUUUCUUCUUCCCAAACAAAUACCUUAUCACGCCGAAUUCGUUUCAUCGAUCUCCAUCUAGCUGUUCCUGUGUAUCGAUCAUUUACAAGUAUGAUCGAGUGCACUGUAGUGUUUAUGGUUUAAAGAAAAAUCAUUUUUGAAUAUGCGUACAUAACACACAAAUAUAAACACACACACACAAUGCUUACAUGCAUUCCUCGUUCAAAGCAAUCCACUGCGGAUUCGGAAAAAUCAAAUCCAAAUGCCGCACCACAAAGCAAACAAUCCGUUAAGAAUCUUACUUCUCAGGUGAAAAUCUAGCCCUAUACAUAUGGUUAAGUUCUGGGCGUAAGUUUCAGGAUCGAGACCGGCCCCCUUCCACGCUAUGUCGAUAUCGUCUAACAGCGUAAUAAUAAUGAUCGAACUAUUAGCUAGCUAGGUGGUCAAUUUUUGUUUUGUUAUGUAGAUAAAGGAUAUGGCUCUCAAGGCGUCAGGGGCGUAUAAGAACUGUAAUUCGUGUACAAGUCAGCCGACUUUGAGUCAGAACGCGAGCGGGAAUGGUGCGGCGGACCUGGCCGCGCCGGACAAGUUCCGGUGGUCGUACCGGCGGACGGGAAGCUUCAGCUCUAACUCAACGUCGGGAAGAAAGGAAUUGGAGGCCAGGCUGAAGGGCAUAUCGAGCGGAGAGGUGACGCCGACGUCUAUAUCGGCGUCGGCAAGUGGCCGGCGAGCUGACCCUGUGGUGCUCGUGGAGGAGAAGGAGCCCAAGGAGUGGGUGGCGCAGGUGGAACCCGGCGUUUUAAUCACCUUCGUUUCCCUGCCACGUGGCGGCAAUGAUCUCAAGAGGAUACGUUUCAGUCGAGAAAUAUUUAACAAGAAUCAAGCUCAACAGUGGUGGACGGAGAACUAUGAUAAAGUAAUGGAGCUCUAUAAUGUGAAGAAGUUAAACCGCCAAGCAUUCCCUUUACCAACACAACCUAGAACCAUUAAAGAUAAAGAACAGAAUUUAAAUAUUGAAGCAUUGGGGCGAGGGGGAAACACUCUCGUACAGCCAUUGCCGCUGCAUGAUAAGGAGCGUAGCGCGCCCCUCGUGUACUUAGAGCAGCAACAUUCAACAACGCAUAGCUAUGACGGUGCCAAGACGGAGACCUCGUCGAUGACGACCACCAGCCUGUCUCGAGAUGAGGAGGAGUUCUCCAUAAGCAAUGCCAGUGAUCUUGAGAACGAAUGGGUGGAGCAAGAUGAAGGUGGUGUUUACAUCACCAUCAGAGCUUUGCCAAGUGGAAGGCGAGAACUCAAACGCGUUAGAUUCAGCCGUGAAAAAUUUGGCGAGAUGCACGCCAGAGUAUGGUGGGAGGAGAACAGAGCUAGGAUUCAUAGGCAAUACUUAUGAAGAAACACAAGUUGAUACUUAUAUAUACAUAUGUAUACCGGCCAUUUCUGGCAUUGCCCUUUGUUUUUUUGCAACAACAAUAGAUCGAAUCCAGAUCAAGUAAGCAAUUCAUCUUAUGCACGUGGGAAUGUUGUCUUACAAUGUUUUCUAAAUACGUAGUAU